GAGAGAAGAGUUUGUCAAAUACCCUCGUCAAUACAUCAUCACAAAACAUCUAAAUUGAGUUUCGUUGAGUUUCUCUCUCUCUUUCCUCCCCCAAAAAUACACAGCUACUUCAGCCACAGAAGCAACAUUUCUCAAAGUUUCUACAAAGCCCUUGUUUUGGCCACGAGAGAGAGAGAUCAGAGAGAGAGAGAGAGAGAAUCUUGAAGGGAGGACAUGAAUAGAGCAGGGCUGUUAGAGAGCUCGCCGGUGCAGCAGCUGGUGGCGGCUGGAAACCCUAGCUGGUGGAGCAUGAGCGGCGGAAUCAGGCCUCCGCCUCCGUUGAUGGGACAUCAGCCGCCGCAGAUUUCCCCUAAUAGCUUCCUCCGGCCACCGCCGCCGGCUCUUCCGAGUCUCCUCCCGCAGUUUCUGCCGUCUCCUACUUCCUCUUCGUCUUCAUCUUCUCCUUCAGUACACAAUCAUUACACUAACAUCUCUUCUUGGCCUGAUUAUUAUGAUCUACCUCCCGAGUCUUGGAGCCUCAGCCAAUUACUUUUGGGUGGGUUGAUGAAUGGAGAGGAGGAGAGAUUGGAAGUGAGCAAUCACCAGAUUUUCAAAGGGAAGGGAUUGGAGAAUUGGGAAGAGCAAAUACUAAGCCACCAAGCUUCCAAAUUGGCCGACAUGACCAACAACAACAGCAACAGCAACAACGGCUAUGUCAUGUCCCCUAACUCCAAGUCUUGUGUCACAACCAACACCGCAACAAGCAUCAGCAGCAGUAGCAACAACAGCGUGUUGGAUUUCUCGAGUAUUAACAAAUCCGACGGAAGAAACCCUGUUCAUCGUGAUCGAUCUUUGGAGUGUCACAGCUCAGAAACCGGGGGAUCAGCCAAUAAGAAACCCAGGCUCCAAGCUUCAUCUCCUUCAACACAAACAACCCUCAAGGUGAGGAAGGAGAAACUCGGAGGCCGAAUUGCAGCUCUUCAUCAGCUAGUUUCUCCCUUUGGCAAGACUGACACGGCCUCUGUCCUGUCUGAGGCUAUUGGAUACAUUAGAUUCCUUCAGAGUCAAAUCGAGGCUCUAAGUCUUCCAUACUUUGGCACUGCCUCAGGGAAUAUGAAGCACCAGCAACCUGUACAAGGGGAUAUGAAUUGUAUAUUUCCUGAGGACCCUGGUCAGCAGCUUGUGAAUGAACACUGCAUGAAGAGAAGAGGAGCUUCAUCGUCUUCCGACAACCAAAAUCCAAACAGUAACGAAGGACCGAAGAAAGAUCUUAGAAGCCGAGGUCUAUGCCUUGUCCCGAUCUCAUGCACCGUCCAAGUUGGCGGCGACAAUGGCGCCGACUACUGGGCCCAGGCAAUCGGAGCCAGCUUCCGGUGAACCAAUCAGACUCUGCCACGUGGAACUCCAAGACAUUUGUGAGAAAUGUUAUAACAUCAUGAGCAGCCAGCCUGCCGAGAAAAACAUCAGUGAGUUUUCCAAGACUGAUUGCUCAUGAUGAUAUAUACAAAUCUGCGUUUGGCGUGAGGGGAAUCUGCGUGCGUUUGGUGUUCUUUGUGAGAUGAAGACAAGUGGGAUAUGAUGAAUUAACGGUUUAUUUAUAGUUUAGGGAAACUUCUUAAUGUAAUUCGUGUUUAUGUUGAUUAUACCCUCUCUCUCUCUCUCUCUAUAUAUAUAUAUAUAUAUGGGGGUUGUAUUGUUAUGUUAUUA